CACCGCCCCGGCCGGGGAAAUCCCCGGAUGCAGAGGGCAGGCGCGGGGAGCCGCUCCCGACGCCCCGGUGACGGUGACGGUGACGCGGACGCGGCUGCCACCUGCCCGGCCUGGCCGGCGCUCGUGGGGCGCUUCCGGGACGGAGCCGGUCUUUGCCGGUUUGGGGCGCAGCCGGGGGCUGGGCAGCUGUUUAAUAAGCACCCAUGAGGAGAAUGAAGGAUUCCGCGCGCUGCGGCCUGCGUCUCCCGCCCGAGCCAGCGCCUGUCUCCCGGGCCCCGCCGCGGCGCUCGCAGCCCCAGGUCCCGGUCACCCGUGGCCCCUUCUGAGUGUCGCGUGGACGAUCGCUCGCUUGAGCUUGUGCAUUGAUUCCUCACUGCAGACCUGCCACGCGGGCACCGUGGUCACCGCCCAUCGGACGAGGCAGGCAGAAAGCGGAAGCGCCUGGGGGCAGCGCUGGAGAAGGGGCUCCCCGUGCCCCACCGGGUCUCUGAUGUAACCCAGGUUUUCUCAAUCUUCCGGACGGCGCCCCACAAGUGCAGCGCUGGUCUCCUGCAUCCCCGCUGCCAUCCCGAGCUGCUGCUGGACAUCUGGGAGCUGGAGCCAGGGACCCCCGGAUCUCCUCGCCUGGGCCCUAGCUCUCAUCAUUGCACCCCAGAACAGAGUGGUUUGCUUCAGGCUUUAGCAGCACAAAGCCUGCACAUCGAGCUGCAGCCUCAGCCGGUUUUUAUUUUGAGACAGGGUCUUACUAAGUGGCUCAGGCUAACCUCAAACUGCAAUCCUCCUGCCUCAGCCUACCAGAAUGCUGGGGUUACCUGGCAUUUAUCACCACACCUGGCUAUAAAAUUUCAUUUCCGAGUUUGGUGUAUUUAAGUUCAGCCACACCGUAUUUUAAAAUUAGUCCCCACCAUUUCCUAAAGCCCCAGAUCUAACUUGCUUCGUGGUCCACUUCUUUUUUGUUAGAGACAGGGUCUCACUAUGCAGUCCAGGCUGGCCUUGAACUCACUCUGUAUCCCAGGCUGAUGUCAAACUUUCAGUGACUGUCCUGCCUCAGCCUCCCAAGGCUGGAGUGACGGACGUGCCCCAGUCUACCCGGCUAGUUCUCUUCAUAGCAGUCCUCACUGUGGGACACGUUCUCACAGACAUUUUUCCUCUUGCAGUCUCAGAGGUUAGCACAGUGAUCAGCGCACAGCAGUUAAUGCUCGGCAAAUAUUUGUUGGAACAAAUGUCUUCCUUUCGUCUCCUAACUCUCUUUGUAUCAGUUUCCUCCUCUGAAGAAAAGGGGAUGAUUUGUUAUCAAAGUAUCUAUCUGCUUAGAGAUUAAUCUUACUGUCUCAGGCCCGAUGUUGUGCUCCUGUAGUCCCAACUCCGUGGGAGGCUGAGGCAGGAGGAUCUGCAGAUUCAAAGGCAGCCUGGACUGCAUAGCAAGACCUGAUCUUAACAACAGCAAUAAUUAUUUUGCAGCAAAAUCAAACAACAUAUAACUUCAGGAUUUUUAAAAAUGCUUGAAACUUGGAGCCACCUGGAAUGACAUUUCCACCUGGCCUAACCCACUCAUCCGAGUCACUGGGACCAUCUUUCCUCCGCUGUUUAGAAAUGUUACCUUUCUCCCACUCACUUCCCACCCGCAUUGGAAUCUGUCCCCCUCUGUUCUUCAUGAUGUCCCGGGACCAGGCUAGCAAUGUCCGUGACACUGCCCGAGAGGGAGGGAGGACCACAGAGGGAAGGUGCCUGCGUGCCCCGGAACGCGCAGGCCAGCUUCACCCAGAAGCUGGGGAGGGGACCCCAGGGCCCCGAGCUCUGGCUUGGUCCCGAAGCCUAGUGGCACUCGCGCCCCUUCCGGCCCCGUGGCCCCAGGUCCCAGCCUGCAGGACGGGUCCACGGGGUGGGCGCACAGGGUGAGGCUGUGCAGGGGGGGCCGGGCCCCUCUGACAGGAAGUGGCUCAGAUGAGCACAGCGAUUAGCUGGCCGUGCGGAAGGGCGAUUGGGCAAGAGAGCCAGGAGGCUAUAACCGUCCUGGGCGCGUGGCUCGGUUCGGCUGCUGUCGCUGUGCCAGGGUCCGGAGCCCGGGCUGUGCCUGGGAGCCGCUGCCCACUGGGACCCACCCUGGGGAUGCCAGGGUCCUGAAGCUGGCACCGACCCCAGGAGCCAGAGAGUGUCUGGUCAAGUCCUGCAGCCCAGAGUCAUCUUAAAUCGCCUCUGUCCUCCAUCCGGCCCGGGACAGCAGAGAGGAUGUACCGCAAAGGCCGGAAGCUGGGCUCCAGCCGCCGGCGGCAGAUGAGAGAGCCAGCCGAUGGCCAGGACGCCCUGGGGGAGCCAGGGCCCGAGUCGUGGUCCUCAGAGGCUGAGACAGAGCUGCAGAUCUUCUUCCGGGACUGCGGUGCCAUGGACAGAGGCUUUGUCACCCGCGAGGACCUUGCGGUGGCCAAGUUCCACUUCCUGGGCAUCGAGGAGGAGCCGCAGAUGAUCUUCGAUUGGGUGGACACAGAGCGGAAGGGGCGCCUGUCCCUGGAGGAGUUCAGCUCCGGGCUCAGAAACAUCUUUGGCUCCAGCCUGAGCACCCACGGGCUCCGCAGGAGGCGGCCCCCGCCCUCCCAGCGGGUGUCUGUGACCUCAGGUCUCCCAGCCCUGGAGGAGGCCAGUGCCGAGGAGAGGGAGGUGUUCCUCACCCUCCUGGGACAGCCGGGGAUCGGCAGCUCGCUUCCCGAGCAGACAGAGGAGAUCUGGCAACUGUGGAGGAAACUGAGGCAGGAGGAGCCCCACCUGGUGGGCAACCUAGAGGGCUUUCUGGCCAAGAUGAGCAGCCGCCUGCAGGAGGCCCGGGCAGACAAGGAGACCCUGGAGCAGACCCUGAGGAAGUGCAACUCCGACCACCGCCGCAAGCUGCAGCAGCUGUUCGAGGAGACGGAGCAGCAGAUCCAGCGGCAGAAGCAGCAGCUGCAGGCCCAGAGCGACUCCCGUGGCCUGGCGCUCAGCACCCAGAUGCAGGAGGCCUUGGAGGCCAAGGAGCUCGAGGUGCAGCGGCUGGCGCAGGGCCAGAGUGAGCUGGAGGCCAAGCUCCACAGCCUCAGUGACACCCACCGAGAGGCCACCUCGGAAAACUUGCAACUCAGAGAGGCCAGGAGGGACCUGGCUGGGCAGCUAGAGGAGAUGCAGGGGCAGCUGCAGGUGACCAGGGAACACCUGAAAGCUGCCAGGGGUCGAGUGUCUUGGCAGGUGGAGGAGGAAGCCAGUGUCCCCGAAACAAGCAAGAAGAUCCCAGCCUCUCAGCCCGAGGCCCCCGAGGAGGGCCCCCUGCCCGGGCUGUUUGGGGACAGUGACAACUGGGAUCAGCUCCUGAGUGACUUUGGCAGCCCCUGGAGCAGAGCCCUGCAGCUAACCUGGAGCCCACCCCCCACACCUCAGGCCACCUCGGGGUCCCCGAUGCAUCGUGUGGUCCAGCAGAUCUCCAUCUCAGAGCCGCACCUUUGGCCGGACCAGGAAGUGGCUCUGAGGAGCCCGCCCCGGCUGCCCCCCAGCCCUCAGGAUGGGAAAGGAGAGGACGCAUCGGAGCUGGACGUCAGGCCAGAGCAGCCUGUCGGGCCCCGGGGCUCAGAACCCGGCAUGGAGCCGGUGGCUGGACCCCAGGCUGGCUCCCCCUGGGGCCUCCUGGGUGCCCCGGCUCAGGAGUCCGGGAGUGUAGUGGCCGAAGCACUCAGAGUCCUUGUGCCUGUGGAGGACACCAGCAGCUCUCACUCCCCUCCACAGCUUCCCCUGGGGCUCAGUGAGCGGCUCCAGGCCUCCGAUGACAUAGACUCCAGGCCUGGGCCUGCCCCGGCCAAGCUGCCCAGGCAGAGAGAGGCCCCACAGGCCAAGGGUGCUGGGCCAGGCCUGGGGUCCCUGGGGGCUGCGGUCCACAGCCAGGGCCUGGAGCCUGUGGGUCAGACUCCUCAAGUGGGCCCUGAGCUGGAUGAGCCGAGCCAGGACGGACAGGAUAGCCACCCCGGGGGGCUCGAGGAAGCCCAGCGCCAGCCCCUUGGGCUCGAGAGGCUGCCCAGCCAGCCCCUCCAGAGUCCAGAAGAGGAGCCCCAGGCUGGGAAAGGAACCAGUUCCGAGCAGGAGUCCGCCCAGCCAGCCCCAAUGCCCGCUGCUGCCCACGCCAAGCUACCACAGGCAGAGGCGCCUUUAGCCAUGUCCCCUGCUCCUGGAGAGCCAUUCCCUGCAGGGCUGUCUGGCCCCACGGAGCCCCAGGUGCCCCCAAAGGGCCUUCCCACCCUGGCUGAGCCCAAAGCCCCUCUCAGGCCCCAACCUGAGGCUGCCCAGGCAGAGAGACAGCCAGGAGAGCCGGGGGUGGAGAUCCAGCCCUUGGCCCCUGGCUCGGACCCCUCCCCGGGGCACUCUGCCGCCACCAGAGCGCCUCAGGCCAACCCCGACUACCUCUUCCACAUCAUCUUCCUGGGCGACUCCAACGUGGGCAAGACCUCCUUCCUGCAUCUGCUGCACCAGGAUGCCUUCGCCAGUGGGCUGGCCGCCACUGUGGGAGUGGACUUCCGGGUCAAAACCCUGCAGGUGGACAACAAGUGCUUCAUGCUGCAGCUGUGGGACACGGCCGGCCAGGAGAGGUACCACAGCGUGACCAGGCAGCUGCUCCACAAGGCAGACGGGGUGGUGCUCAUGUAUGACAUCACCUCCCAGGACAGCUUUGCCCACGUGCGCUACUGGCUGGACUGUCUGCAGGACGCAGGGGUGGAGGGCGCAGCGCUGCUCCUGCUGGGGAACAAGACGGACUGCGAGGAGGCGCGGCAGGUGCCCACGGAGGCCGGGCAGCAGCUGGCGCAGGAGCUGGGCGUCUCCUUCGGAGAGUGCAGCGCCAUCCUGGGUCACAACAUCCUGGAGCCCAUGGUGAACCUGGCCCGGUUGCUCAAGGUGCAGGAGGACCGCCUGAAGGACUCGCUGGCGAAGGUGGCACCCAGGAAGCCGCCCAAGAAAGCCGGCUGCUGCCCCUGACCCACCCCGGCCACCCCACCCCCAGCCCCGGCCAGGCCUCCCGGUCCCUCUGCUCCAUCCUGGCCCCCUGGGAGGUGUUUGUGUGGUUCUGUAAGGCUCGGUCUUCCACAUAAAAGCAGACACUGAGCAGGAGGGAGCUGUCCAGGGAGCUGGCUUUGGUGCUGACUCCUGACUUGCACGGCUUGUGGUCCAGGGAACUCUGUGAGCACCCCAGCAACCGCGCCUCCCUCCCUUUCCCCACGACCCACACUGGGGUGCUGCCCCUGUCCCAGGGCCUCCGGCUCCCCAGCAUGGGGUUGAUGGGUGGGGACCCAAGGGCAAGCUCCUUUGGGGUCUUGGCGAGCCAGCAGCGGUCUGCAAGAGGAGCUUUUGGCAGAGCCAUCAGCCUAUCCCUGGGUCAAAGGGCGCAGUCAAUAGGUGGGAGCCAAUAGGGGACCCCAAGCAGCACAUGAUGGACGGGGCAGCAGCAGCAGCAGGAGGACUCGCAGUGGACCCAGAGCCGACUUUCAGGCAGGUGCCAUGUUCUCAAGUGUCAAGAGGGCUCUGGGUCACUUUGACAGAUUGGGACGAUGAGGGUAGCCGGAUGUGGUGGCGCAAAUUUACAAUCCCAGCACGCGGGAGGCUGAGGCAGGAAGGCUGCUGUGAGUUCAAAGCCAGCCUUGAUUCCCUUCUGGGCAGGCGUCUCCUCCCGUCUCCUUUUCCCACGGUGCCCAAGGGGAGGGAAGCCAGGUCUGGUUAUGAGAGGUGCCCUCCCCUGCCCCAGCGAGUCACGGGAACACGUAAUUACAGGGGCAGCCUUGGGUAAUUAGUCUGGGAGGGGAGACACCCUUUUCCCUGUGCCCUGUCCUUAACAGCAACCGGGGUUUUCACAGAGGCCAAGAGGCCAGGAGGAAGCCACACACCCCACCCACCUCUCACGUGGCUGUGUCGCCUCCUUCCUGACCCACAAGGCAGCCCAGUGCCUGUGGACCGUGGCCUGCAAAUGCCCAGCGCCCUCUUUGGUGCCCGAGGACCCCUGGCCCGUGCUGGGCAGCUCCUUCCUCAGGGCUCAAGGGCAUCACCAUGUGCUGGCAGGGCCUGGCACUCAUGCUCAGGCCUAAGAGUGGGGUGAGGGUGCAGCAGAGAAUCUGACCAUGUUUUCUGUCACCUCCUCAGUGGCUUCCUGUUCACUGCAGUGACAGUUCAAGGCCUCGCCAGGGCCUACAAGACCCCACAGGCUUCACCUCCAUGACCCCAACCACCCAGUCCACCCUCUGUGCUCCACACACUGAGCUCCCACCCCAGGACCUUUGCACUGUCUCUGGUUUGUUCCUCUACAUGGAACCCAAAUACUAGCAUGGCUCACCCCCCCCCCAAUACUGGGGAUGAACCCCAAGGCCUUCACGCUGAGCUCUAUCCCCAUUCCUUUUCAUUCUUCAUUUUGAGAUACGGCCCUGCUAAGUCUGUGUUGCCCAAGCUGUGCUCAAACUUGCAAUCCUCCUGCCUCAGCCUCCCAGAGAGCUCAGAUAACAGGUGUGCACCACCACACUCGGCUCUGCAAGGCUUCCUCUCCCACUUCCGAGGCUCCCCUGAACGGUCACUUUUUCUAAAGGCCACUCCAAGGCUCUCUA